AUGGCGGAGGAGUUCGCGAAAUUCAAGCGGUUCGAAUACCGCACGAACUCCAACUUGGUGUUGCAGCGAGAAGGUGCGGCUCCGUCACAGAAUGAGCCCACAGGUGAGCCGGAAUCCUUGCGCGGCCGGGUUUACCAGAAGAUGGGCGACCUGGUGCAGUACGACAAGCCCAAGGAGAUUGAGGAGUUCAAGGAGAAAAAGAAGAAACGACAAGAGGAAAAGCGAAAAGAAGAGGAUGUAGUGUCCAAGAAGGCAAAGAUGGACAUCAACAAGGGAGAGACGGUGCUCAGUACAGACGUGACUGAAAUGCAGAUCUACCGUCCCCGAACCGCCCAGACGAAAGCGGUCUACGAAAUGCUGCUCAACCGUCUUCAGCAGCCCCUGGGAGAUCAGGCGCCGGACGUUCUGCGAGGUGCAGCGGACGAGGUGCUGGCUGCCAUUAAGACGGAGGGUGUCCUGGACUCUGAGCGCAAGAAGGACGUGGAGGAAGUGCUCGGUUCCAUCACGGACGAGUACUUCGCGGAGCUCUUCAGGCUUGCAAAGCAGAUCACUGACUUCGGCGCAGAUGUCGAAGACGAAGAGCAGGACGACACUGUGCGAACGAAAGAGGGCUUGGACGAUGCCGCUGGCGUUGCUGUCGUCUUCGACGAAGACGACGAGGACGAGGGAGCCGACUACAUCCACGAGCUCGGAGACGACGACGAGGAUGACGAUGACGACGAGGGCGGCAAAAUGGACGAUGACAGGGAUGAUCGCGGCAUCCACGCCACUCUUCUUGAAGCAGAUGAUGAAGAGGAGGAAGCCAAGAAGGAGGACAAGUACAACGUGGACAUCCAGAAGAUUGAUGCUCACUGGCUGCAGCGAGAGCUUGGCAAGAUCUUCCAGGAUCCCAACAAGUGCAUCGCCACGGAGAAGGAGAUCCUGUCCAUUCUUCCGAUCAAAGACCUGCAGCAAUGCGAGAACAGGCUUGUGCAGGUGCUGCAGUACGAGAACUUCGAAUUCACGAAGCUGCUGCUGAAGAACAGACUGAAGAUCUUGUACUGCACCCGUCUGGGUCAGGCACAGACCGAGGAGGACAAGACGGCUGUACUCGAAGACAUGCGAAACACCCCAGAAGCGCAGGCGGUGCUGGAGGAGCUGGACAAGGCUUCAAAGAAGCGGGACCGUGAGCACGACAUCAACAGGGAUCUGCGGAAGGAGGUGCGACAGCUGCAGCUGAGAGGCAUGCGAGAGAAGGAGCGCGGCAUGGAUGACGAAGGCCAAGCGCUGGGAGGCCGAAGCCGGGCCAAGGUGGCUGAGGAACAGCAGAAGAAGCCUUCGCACAUGCUGGACUUGGACAGCUUGUCUUUUGCACGUGGCAGCCACUUCAUGGCCAACGCGAAGUGUCAGUUGCCGACUGGCUCCUUCCGUGUGCAGAAGAAGGGCUACGAGGAAGUCCAUGUCAAGCCUUUCAAGCACCCUGACAUCACCCCGGACGAGCUCAUCCCACUGUCAAAGCUCCCCACGUGGUGCCAGGAAGCCUUCCCAGGAGCGACCAAGUUGAACACGGUGCAGAGCAAGGUCUUCCCAACAGCCUUCCAGGAGCACAACGAGAACAUGCUGGUCUGCGCGCCGACGGGCAGUGGGAAGACAAACGUGGCCAUGCUCACGAUCUUGAAUGUCAUGAACCAGUUCCGCUUGAAGGAUGGUUCCUUCGAUCUGGCGGGCUUCAAGAUCGUGUACAUCGCCCCCAUGAAGGCCCUGGUGCAGGAGGUCGUGCAAAGCUUCACCCAGCGCCUGGAGAAAGCCUACGGGGUCACGAUCCGAGAGCUGAGUGGCGAUGUGAACCUCACGAAGGCGCAAAUCGACGAGACGCAGAUCAUCGUCACAACGCCAGAGAAGUGGGAUAUCAUCACGCGCAAGGCCGGCGAUCAGCGCGCAUACACGCAGCUCGUGCGUCUCGUCAUCAUCGAUGAGAUUCAUCUGCUCCACGACAGCCGUGGACCAGUGCUCGAGGCGAUCGUGGCCCGAACCAUCCGACAAAUCGAGACGACGCAGGAGCACAUCCGGCUUGUGGGUCUGUCAGCGACGCUGCCCAACUACGAGGACGUCGCCAUCUUCCUGCGGGUGAACCCGGAGAAGGGUCUCCACUACUUCGGCAACCACUACCGCCCGGUGCCCUUGGAGCAGACCUACAUCGGUGUCACGGACAAGAAAGCCAUCAAGCGCUUCAACACCAUGAACGAGGUUUGCUACGAGAAGCUAAUGGAGAACGCCGGAAAGAAUCAGGUCCUCAUCUUCGUCCAUUCCCGCAAGGAGACGGUGAAGACGGCACAGACCCUCCGUGACCUGGCCAUGCAAAACGACACUUUGGCCAAGUUCUUGCAAGAGGAUUCCGCCUCCAGAGAGAUUUUGCAGACAGAGGCCCAGCAGAUGAAGACUCCGGAGGUGCAAGACCUGCUUCCCUACGGCUUUGCCGUGCACCACGCCGGGCUGCCGAGAGCCGACCGAAAGCUCGUGGAGGACUUGUACGCGGAUCGCCACAUCCAAGUCCUGGUUUCCACUGCCACGCUAGCGUGGGGUGUGAACCUGCCGGCCCACACGGUGAUCAUCAAGGGCACACAGGUCUACAACCCGCAGAAGGGCGCAUGGGAUGAGCUCUCUUCAAUGGAUAUGAUGCAGAUGCUGGGCCGAUCCGGCCGGCCUCAGUACGACAAGACGGGCCACGGCAUUGUGAUCACGCAGCACAGCGAGCUUCAGUAUUACUUGUCCCUGAUGAACCAGCAGCUUCCGAUCGAGUCACAGGUGCUGAGUGUCCUGCCGGACAUGGUGAACGCAGAGCUCGUGCUGGGGACCAUCCAGACUCGGCAGGAUGCUGUCAACUGGCUGGGCUACACGUACUUGUACGUGCGGAUGAUGCGGGCACCGAGGCUCUACGGCAUCUCGCCGGAUGAGGCCGAGGAGGAUCGGUUGCUGGAGCAGAGGCGAGUAGAUUUGAUCCACAGCGCCUUGACAAUGCUGGACAAGAACAACCUGAUUAAGUACGACAAGCGUACGGGCCAGGUGCAGGUCACUGCCCUCGGGCGGGUAGCCAGCCACUACUACAUUCAGCACCCAUCCAUUGCGACGUACAAUGACCAUUUGCGGCCCAUGAUGUCCGACAUCGAACUGCUGCGUCUGUUCUCGCUCUCUCAUGAGUUCAAGUACAUCCCGGUCAGAGAGGAAGAGAAGGUGGAGAUGCAGAAGCUGGUGGAGCGCGUCCCCGUGCCCGUGAAGGGUAGCACAGACGAGCCUUCCAGCAAGGUCAAUGUGCUCUUGCAGGCCUACAUCUCGAAGCUGAAGUUGGAGGGCUUCGCGUUGAUGUCCGACAUGGUCUACGUUCAGCAGUCGGCGGGUCGAAUCAUGCGGGCCAUCUUCGAGAUCUGCCUGCGGCGAGGUUGGGCCGCCCUGGCACUCCGGGCACUGAACUGGUGCAAGAUGAUCGACAAGAGGAUGUGGGCCAGCCAGACGCCCCUGCGCCACUUCAAGGGUCUGGCAGAAGAUAUCCUGCGAAAGGUCGAGAAGAAGGACUUUGCUUGGGAGCGCUACUAUGACCUGUCGAGCGCAGAGAUCGGUGAACUCAUCAGAUUCCCGAAGAUGGGCAAAACCAUCCACAAGCUCGUGCAUCAGUUCCCCAAGUUGGAUCUCAGUGCAUACGUGCAGCCCAUCACGCGCUCCUGCCUCAUGGUGGAGCUCACCAUCACCCCCGACUUCCAGUGGGACCCCAAAGUGCACGGUCGAGCCGAGCCAUUCUGGGUCUUCGUGGAGGACGUGAACGGCGAGCAAAUCCUGCACCAGGAGAUGUUCGUGUUGCAAGAGCGUGGUGCUGAGGAAGAGCACACCCUUAACUUCACGGUCCCCAUCACGGAGCCUCUGCCGCCGCAGUACUUCAUCCGGGUUGUCUCCGACAGAUGGAUCAACGCGCAGACGUUGCUGCCCGUGUCUUUCCGACAUCUGAUCCUGCCAGACAAAUACCCGCCGCACACGGAGCUGCUUGACUUGCAGCCUCUGCCGUUGACGGCCCUGCGAUGUCCCGAUGCUGAAAAGCUCUAUGCCGCACAGGGGCUGAAGGUCUUCAACCCGAUUCAAACGCAGACAUUCAGUAUGCUUUAUGCCAGCAACGACAACGUGCUUGUUUGCGCUCCUGCGGCCAGUGGUAAGAUCAUCUGUGCUGAGUUUGCUGUCCUGAAGAUGCUGACUUCAGACGAUCCUGUCAAGCGCUGUGUCUACGUGGCACCGCAUGCCUCCACGGCGCGUGAGCGAUUCAACGAGUGGUCUUUCAAGUUUGGCAAGACUAUGGGCUACAAGGUCGCAGAGCUUGUGGGAGAGACGACCAGCGAUGUGAAGAUUCUUGAAGAUUCUCAUGUUAUCAUCACCACCCCGGAGAAGUGGGACUUGAUCAGCCGGCGCUGGAAGACGCGAAAGAGCGUGCAGGAGGUGCGACUCUUCGUAGUGGAUGAGCUGCACUUGCUGGACAGCGACGUAGGGCCGACGCUGGAAGCGGUGGUCAGCCGCAUGCGCUACAUCUCCGUGCAGGUGCAGUCGCCGAUCCGCAUCGUGGCCUUGGCAGCUUCCUUGGCUAACGCCAAGGAUGUUGGUGAAUGGAUUGGUGCGGGCAGCAGCGGGCUCUUCAACUUCUCGCCGAAUGUGCGAACAGUGCCACUGGAGCUUGUCAUUCAGGGCUUCGACAUCCAUCAUCGAUCCACUCGCCUGCUCGCCAUGAGCCGACCGGUGUACCAGUCCAUCAAGCACUACUCUCCGGAGAAGCCUGUGAUUGUCUUCGUUCCCGAUCGGAAGCAGGCACGUAUGACAGCCAUCGACUUGCUGCUGCACGCCGCCUCCGAUGACAAGCCGAAGAGGUUUCUGCAUGUGCCAGAUGAUGCCAUGCGCCCUCAUCUAGCGGCCGCAAGAGAGAAGUCCCUGAAGCAGACACUGGAGUAUGGCGUAGGCUUCCUGCACGAGGGCUUCAGCCAAACAGAGCGGGCUGUGAUCGAGCGCUUGUUCGAGGCGGGUGCAAUUCAGGUCUUAGUGGCCACGGAGCAGCUGUGCUGGGGCAUGACAAUGCUGGCACAUCUCGUGGUCAUCAUGGACACCAAGAAGUUCGAUGGCCGCGAAAACAGAUACGUUGACUAUCCCAUCCAUGAUGUCCUUCAGAUGAUGGGACGAGCAAGCCGACCUGGCAUCGAUCAGUCCGGAAUGGUCGUGUUGCUGACUCAGAACUCCAAGAAGGAGUACUACAAGAAGUUCAUCUAUGAGCCUUUGCCUGUCGAAAGCCAUCUCGAUCAGCGAAUGGCCGACCACAUGAAUGCAGAAAUCGUGAUGAAGACCAUCGAGAACAAGCAGGACGCUGUCGACUGGCUCACAUGGACGUUCUACUACCGCCGCCUCUCCCAGAAUCCCAACUACUACGGUCUGCAGGGUGUCACUCACCAGCACUUGAGUGACCAUCUGUCGGAGGUGGUGGAAAACACCGUAGAAGGCCUCGAACGCUUCGGCUGCUGUAGCAUUGAGGACGAUGUGGAUCUGGCCCCGGCAAACCUGGGUCUCAUCGGUGCGUACUAUUACAUCCGACACACGACCAUCGAGACCUUCUCACGAUGUGUCAACGAGAGCACCAAGCGCAAGGGUCUGCUGGACAUCCUUUGUGCAGCCUCCGAGUUCGAUGCGGUGCCUGUGCGGUCAGGCGAGGAGGCGACGUUGUACGGCUUGGCGCAGUCGCUGGGCAUGAAGGUCGACAAGGACAAGUUGAAUGAUCCACACACGAAGGCGCAGCUGCUCCUCAACGCACACUUCACCCGCAGCCCGAUCACCACAGACUUGUCCUCCGACCAGAAAUUUAUCUUGGAGCACUCGGUGCGCUUGUUACAGGGCCUGGUGGAUGUGAUUUCCUCUUGUGGCUGGCUGACCCCGGCUCUGUCUGCCAUGGAGCUAUCACAGAUGGUGGUGCAAGCCACAACCUCGACAUCGAGUCCCCUUAUGCAGCUGCCCCACUUCACACCUGCGAUGGUGGAGAAAGCCAAGAAGAUGAAAGUCGAAGACAUCUUCGACGUCAUGGGCAUGGAUGAUGGCCCACGUGACAAGCUGCUGGACGGUCUGUCUCAGUCGCAGCUUGCUGACGUCGCUAGAGCCUGCAAUCGCUUCCCUGGCAUUGCCUUGGAGUACAAGGUGCAGAACUCAGACGCGCUGACAGCUGGCGGCAGCGCAAAGAUCUCGGUGAAGCUUUCUAGGGAAGCCAUGGAGGAAGAGGGUGCAACUGUCGGCCCAGUGUACGCCAUGUAUUACCCGAAGGAGAAGGAGGAAAUCUGGUGGCUGGUGGUUGGCGGUCCGAAGAGCGCACUGGUCGCGAUCAAGCGAAUCACCAUCAGCAAGGCCGUUGCAAACGUGAAGCUCGAGAUUGAGCUCGGAGAAGAUGCCGGCAGCUUCGACUACACCCUGUACCUCAUGUCGGACUCCUACCAGGGCUGCGAUCAGGAGUACAACUUCAAGCUCAACGUGAAGGCGGCCCCAUGA